UAUCUCUGACUCACUGCACUGGAUUUGGUAAAAGCAUCUCAGAAGUGGGUGUGCUUUUCUGAAUGAAAUGAUCAAUGGAGUGCUCCAGUUGUAUGCUGGGCCCUGGAUACUAACUAGACCUGCCUGACUCCAGGAACUAAGGCUCAGUAUCUGCAGAAGCUUUUUGCCCAUCUCAUUCCGGCUAUGGGGACAACAUGUCUUCACCCAGGGAGGUUAAUCGAAAAACUGGUAGAGCUAAUGAUGAAGAUGAGGAUGAUUCAGAUGACCUGAAUCGCCGGAAGUUUUUGCCUUCAUCAAGUCAGAAAAUGACACCUACAAAACCGGCUUUUGGGAAUAAAGUGAAUUCAGAGAAUGUAAAAUCCGCCCACCAUCUGUCAUUCUCAAAUAAGUAUGAGCUUGUUUUUCCAGCGCCUAUAGAAAGUAACAGUGAUGAGACAAUGUGGGAUGUCAGUGACUUGUCCCACAGAAGCAGGUGGAGCAGUGUGGAUACGGAGUCUGCAGGGCCGUCAAAGACUGUCUCCCCAGUGCUUUCUGGUAGUAACACUGAAACAGUUUUCUCUGAAAAGGAGCUAACUCAGUUGGCUCAGAUUCGACCAUUAAUACUCAACAGUUCUUCAUUAUCUGCCCUGAGGGAUUGUUUGAAAAUGCUCCAGAAAAAAGAAGAACUUGAUAUCAUCCGUGAGUUUUUGGAGUUAGAACAAAUGACUCUGCCUGAUGACUUCAGUUCUGGGAAUGAGCUACAGAACAGAGACAAGAACAGAUACCGAGAUAUUCUUCCAUAUGAUUCAACACGUGUUCCUCUUGGAAAAAACAAGAACUACAUCAACGCUAGUUAUAUUAGAAUAGUAAAUCAUGAAGAAGAGUAUUUUUAUAUUGCCACUCAAGGACCACUGCCAGAUACUAUAGAAGACUUUUGGCAAAUGGUUUUGGAAAAUAAUUGUAAUGUUAUUGCUAUGAUAACCAGAGAGAUAGAAGGUGGAGUUAUCAAGUGUUACAGUUACUGGCCCAUUUCUCUGAAGGAACCUAUGGAAUUCAAACACUUUCGUGUCUUUCUGGAGAACUUUCAGAUAACUCAAUAUUUCGUCAUUCGAAUAUUUCAAAUUGUGAAGAAGUCUACAGGAAAGAGUCACUCUGUAAAACACUUGCAGUUCACCAAAUGGCCAGACCAUGGCACUCCUGCCUCAGCAGAUUUUUUCAUAAAAUAUGUUCGUUAUGUGAGGAAGAGCCACAUUACAGGACCUCUCCUUGUUCACUGCAGUGCUGGUGUAGGCCGAACAGGGGUGUUCAUAUGUGUGGAUGUUGUAUUCUCUGCCAUCGAGAAGAACUACUCAUUCAACAUUAUGAGCAUAGUGACCCAGAUGAGAAAGCAGCGCUGCGGCAUGAUCCAAACCAAGGAGCAGUAUCAGUUUUGUUAUGAAAUUGUGCUUGAAGUUCUUCAGAAUCUUUUGGAUUUGAGAGAGACUUCUGCGCCUGUCACUUGAGAUUACCAAGCAGCUUGGAGCCUGAGCUGUGUUGAAGCGUCUGCUGGCCAUUCAGUUUGCCUUCUGAUUUUCUCUCUGAAAGUCCCUGAGGGCAGCACCAUUAGGCACAGAGUGAACUGUUUCACUUGAUCUUUCUGGACAAGAGCAAAAUACCCUCUAUGCCUUCUACUGAAACUAAAGUUAUAUGAAACAACCUCAGCUUAGCCGUCUGGCUUGUGGUAUUAAAGAGUUUAAUAAAAAGAUUUAAAUGUAUUUGUUAAGAUUAUAUUUGGAAAGGUGGCCAAAAGCCUCAGAUAAUUUCCAACACUGUACAAACCCUGCUCUGGGAGAACAUGGCACAAUAACCUGCAGGCUCACAGACUGACCUCUAGUGGGCAUUUCUCAGACAUUUAUCUAUGUUCUUUACAGAAGCUAGAGUCUAUACUCCCAGCUGGUAACUGAAUAACUCAAAAAGACUCUAAUGAGGAUGGACUGACUUUUGAUAUAAAAUGGUUUUCAUGUCCUAUACUUCCAUGGUUCCAGAGUAUCCUAGGGAUUUUGAAAGAAGAGCUGCUUUCCUGGAGCAGCAGUCAAGCCCUUGUCUGCUGCUCUGGGAAGCACCUUGUAGGUUAAUAGUGUCCCUCCUUAGCACCCCCUGAACACACUGGUGAACAGUCCCAAGCUAAAAUACACAUCCAUCUGCAAAUUCAGUGGAAAUGUUUGCCAGGCCCAACCAGAUUUCUUUCCUUUCCUGUUCUAACAGUUAACAUACUACUCCAUCUGCUUUAUCAGAAGCAAGCAUUCCAUGUCACUUGCCUCUUGAUCUUUAGCUAACCCAUAAACUUUAAUAUAAUGAUAUUGCUAUGUAAGUUUGAGUCUUGGUACCUGUUGUAUCAAGUUUUUUUCUUUUUUAACUAACAUCUAAAAAAGAUAUUUUUUCCUCUAGAGGACCAUUAAGUCAUUUCUUUCCUCUAUAGGAAUAUUUAGAUGCUGGACAUUGGACUAGAUUUUUGAAAACCAAAUUCAUAGUUGUGAAAGUGAAAACUUCUAUAUGCUUGUUAAGAAAAUUCUAGCCAUUGUUUCAUUCAUUAUAUCAGGAUUCUGCCUCAGACAAUUGUAGUGAUUCUUUGUUUGAAGGUUUUCAGUGAUCAAACACUCCUAAUUAUAAGACACAAAGAAAUUGACAAGUGUAUUUGUACAGUGAAUUCAGUAGCGAUCAAAGCUGUGAAUCAUAUUGAAAAUUCCUAAAAUUGUAAAUGCUAAACUUUUAAGAGGCUUAUUUCUUUGGUUAAAUGAAUACUUGAGUUGGUUGAAUUAAAAUUGAUAAUUCUCAUUUUAAAAAUAAUUAUAUGCCAUACAUUUGACAUUAACUCAAGUUGAUGAUUAUAGCUAUUUAUACUGUUUAUAUGCAUAAUAGUCUGUGCUGAACAAUAAUAUCAUUCUGAUUAUUGGUCAUUAACAUUUGAAUCUGUAACUGUAUUUUCAUUCUGUUACUAUAAAAUAAUAAGUAUAAUAUAGAACAAUGUUCCCAACAUGGCCUGUAUGUUGUUAUUAAAUGAAAAUAUUUACUGUGCA